AUGGGUUGCGAUGAUGCCGGCUUUGAGAAUGUAGAGUAUUCAGCUAUUCAGCGUUGUGUAGCGAUGUUUCAAUCCCUGAAAGCAAGCUUGGAUCCUAGCGCUUUUGUGCGUUCAGUCAGGGAGAUGACAGGCAAAGGCCAUGCGCUGUGGCAAUCUUCCAGGCGACCGUAUCAGGUUGCUUUUCUUGUGAAGGCUGUUUGCAUGGCAAGUUUACUCCGCAGUGCAGAUGCAAUAUCAGAAGCAUUACAGACUGCUGCUAGCAUUGUGCUACCAGGCAAUUUGCAACCAGCGUUUAUGAACAUGUUGCAGACAUGUGAAAAACACGUGCCGCACGAAUCCACAAUUUCACGCUGGAAGUUGAUUUUGGAUGGUAGUUUCAUGCUGUUCCUUCGCCGGCAAAAUUCAUCCAAAGACAUUGGUGGCUGCGUUCGGUACUUGAUGGCAGAUGCUUCGACUCAGCACGGCCGGGAGCUUGAGCACAUAAUGCUACGCAGCAUCAAGAAGCAAGAUGUGGGCCGCCUGUACAAUGAUUAUGUCCGACUGAUGGAUUUGUGGCACGCUGUAGAAGAUGACGAUACUAUUGCUGUGCAGAACGAGAAGCCUCUUCUUGCAGACUUGCGUGGCAGCAUCAUUGAGCACCAUUUGCCAAUAAUGUCACUUGGUUCCGGACGAACAUCGCUUCAAGACAAGUUUUGCGCAAUCAUGUUUGCUAUGAUGCUGGAAGCUGGGGCAAUGCCAGAUAGCUUGGCGUCUUUUGCUCAAGAGAUCGUUGCCAGCACAGCUGAUUUGGGUGUUGAGUUUUCUCUGAGCAGGAUUGUGCCAACAUCAUUCAACAAUUUAUGUCCGUGGUUUUCGUCUUCAGAUGCGGGUGCUUCGAAUCUAAUUGGCAAUCAUGACGAUGCAGAUGGAGAUGGUGAUGCUGACUUGUUCGAUGUUUUUCCGGUCCAAGAUGGUGGAGACGGGAAUGCAGAGACUUUAUCAUUUCAGAAUAUGUUGUCAGUGCCAGGGCCUCUGCACAUCAUCGACAAUGCUACAAAGCGUUUGCUGGAUCAGAUGCCAUACUUGAGACAAGCCAUUCCGAAGUUGGGUUUGCUUUCGCGUUUCUUGUCUGACCAUGCGUACAAGCAGCGCCUGUUGUCUACAUGCUUUCAUGAGCAGAUUGGGCAGGCUUUUCGACCCAGCAUUGAACGGUUUCAUGCAAAGGUCAAUGAGGGGAGGUGGGGCAGUGUGGCAUUUGCCAUUCCGGAAUUGUUGAAACUUCAGGUGCCAUUGACACGAUUUUGGCAUUUCGAAUCUUUCAUGUUCGGGCAAGUGCAAGCGCAAGCUCGUGAUCAGCAGGGUCAGGGGGAAGAAUCUGCCCAUGUUGCAAGGCUGGAUCUUGUCAACGAAGCCAUUGAAUCCUUGGAAUUCUGGGGUCAGCUUGCAACGUUGGAUCGCCUUUUCCAAGUCGUGCGUGACAUCUUUGAGUGGGUGGAGUCUUGUCCUUGCCAUUACAAGAGAGAUGCGCCCUCAGAAGUCAAGAAAGCCUGGCAGAUGUGUCCAUUGCGUGGCCGACGUUUGGCAGAGAUUUCCAGUGGUGAUCUAUUUCAGGUUGUUCACGAGCUCUGCCUUGUCAAUGCUGCCGAGUUGUUUGCGGAGUUGCCUGCAGGUCUGAGUGAGGAGGGCCGUGCUGCUUGUCUUUUGGAUUUUGAGCAUGGCCGUGGCCACUUGACCUUUCAGCUGACACUGAAGUUGUCGUGCUUCUUGGAGCUCCCACUGCUUCUGCUCGGGGCUGCCCGUCACAACCCAGACAAUCCUGACCUGCAGCGGCAUUCUGUCAAGCGUUGCGUUGAUUCAGAUUCCCAACAUCCCCUUCUGCAGAGGCUACGUCAAGGCUCUCUGAAAGAAGAAGUUGACUUGUACCUGGAUGGGGAAGAGUUGUUGAUGCUUGAGAACUUGAAAGAGUUUCUUGGCAGCAUGCUUUUUGCAUGGGGCACAGAGCGGAAGGUGGAGGGUGGCCAUGCCCAGGUGAAGAUGUUGGCUGGCAGCCGUCGCAAUCGCACAGAAGCCACAGACUCAUUGGCGCUUCGGCUUGCGGAGAUCAGACUUGUUCUGACUUCUUCUGAUAUCACAGCCUUCCUUGAAUGUGUGCAAGCCGCACGCAGUCCGCGGAAACUUGUUGCACGUUUGGGCCUGGAAAGGCAUCCAAGUUGCAGGUUAGCUCGCAGCAAUUGGGACCCCAUUUAUCGGAAGAUUGUGUAUCAUGCUGAUCCGCUCUCUUUGUAUGAUCGGAAUCCCCCGCAGCUGCUUGCAUCUCUGAGCGGCCCUGGUUCCAGUGCCCGCCCACUUGCGCAGGCAUUGCAAGAUGCUGAUGAAGAUGUGGCUCCGGAAGUUCAGGAAGUGCAGCGUGCACUUGCGCUGAGGCAUCUGAAGCAAGAGCUGGCAGUUCUCGCCAACAGCAAAGACAAACGUGUGUUGUUCUCUUGUUCCAUGCCUUCUGGUGCUUUGUCGCUCUUGUCCAAGUGGUUGGUGCCAUCGCAGUCGCAAGACUCCCGGCCACAAUCGACAGCUGGAGCUGUUGCGGCGGCCAGCUCAGGCGCUGAUUCAGGCGCCGUCGUUCCUGCCCAGACGCUGACAGAUGUGAUGGUCUCGGAGGUGUCUUGUGAAGAGCGUGUUUUCUUCAGAGUGGUUUCUGCUGGCUUGUCUAAAGCCAAACUUGCAAGCCCUGUGGAUUUCUCGAGCACUGAGCUUGGCAUUCUUUUGCUGAAGGCUGUGCAAGAUGCUGAUGGGUUUGCUGUGGAAACUUCAGGUUUCAAGAUUCCGCCUGCAUUUGCAAACAGUAGCAGCCAAAGCUUGCAAGAGGUUCCUCUGGUGUGUUCCCUGUCGUGCUUGACUGUUGCGCAAUUGCGCUCUUUCCGUGUGUGGGAUGAGUCUGCAUCCAUCCGCGCAGAUGUUGAAAGUGCUACAACCUCCGUCCUAGCAAGAUGCCCCAAAGAAGUUCUCCUGCUUCGCUCUGACCUUCCCAUUGCAGACAGGUCAAACUUUCAGUUGCUGGGGCAGUUGCUGGCAGAUGGAUGGCAAUGCUGGGUGGCCCGUGAUGCUUCCCACAUGACAGGGAGAGAAGCAGAAGCCAAUCCUUACCACAUCGGUGGCGAGAAACGGUUCUGGAUCUCAUCAACUGAUGUUCGUGAGCCUCACAGUGCACGAUUUCAUGCUUACUGUUCCGCAUUGCUUGCUGCAGAUGAUCAGGAGCUCACCGUGAAGCAUUUCAAACCGAUUCAGGAUUACCUCCGACUUGUAGAUCCUCUAGCUUUGGCAGUCUGGGAACAGAGACAAGCAACUUCGGGCAAGCGCAAGGCUGGCAGGAUUGCUUUGGCUGAUACGGAUGAAUGGGAUGUGCCAGAUCCCACAGUGGUCAAGCGGAGGAAAUUGGGGGCAGCAAAGCGAAGGAGUGCUCCUCGAAAGCCCCGAGCUAAACCAAAGGCUCUUGCUGCAGUCAGUGAUACAAGUCAUGCAGCUGUGUCAAAAGCCGAAACUGAGGGAGCUGUGUCAGAGAUUGCCAAGGCUGAUGCUUCAGGCGUGGUCGUUGAUGCGUGUGAUGUUCAAGAAGAUGGUGUGAUCAAUGCUGCCAUCGAAGAUGCAGCAACCAGCUCAGAUGGAGAUGGAGAGUGCAUUGCUGGGUCUGAAGAAAUCAAUGAAUUGAUGGGCCUAUUGGGAGAAAACGAAGAAGGGGAAGCUGCUGCAGAGCAGGCAGCAGCUUCAUUGCAUGCUGCAGGUACCGAGAAUGCGAAGGAGCGUCGCAAGCGUGUAGCUGCAUCAGAUGAUGCUGGUAGGCCAGCAGAUUCGGAUCACAGCGGCAGUGUUCGUAGCAAUAGAAGUAGCAGCUCGAGUUCAAGCAGCAGCUCAUCUUCCACUUCGACCAGCUCAAAUGGCCGGCCUGCAAAUGCUGCUGCAAGACCAGUGAAGCCUGACAAGGCCUCUGCAAAGGCUUCAACAUCAAAGGUUUCUGCAUCAAAGAAGAAGAGGUAUACCCCUGUUGCUGUUGCUGAAGAGAUUUCCCGUGACAUGACCAAUAGGAUACCGUAUGGCAUACACCGCUUGAUUCCCCGAUACAAAGACCAUGCGGUUGUGUCCUAUCAAAUGAGUUGUUGCCUCCCAUGGCAUACGCGACAGAAGGAGAAAUGCAGUAGAGAGCUCAGUGUUCAGGUUGCUGGCUCUGCAGAGGAUGCCAGACGCGUUCUGAAGGCCUGGGUUCUCCUGGGCCACAGUAUGGAAGACAAGGCUACUCACAUGGAUAGAGCCAACAGGGAACUUUUUCUUGCAAGCUUGAAAGACGGCACACUGCUUUCCGAAGCAGAGCUAGAUUCUAUGAUGGCCAUUUCCGCUGAUGAUGCUAUCCUAGCCCCUUUUGGUGUAGGACAUGCGAAGAAAACAAAGUCCAAGAAGCUCCUUGGAGCUCGUGGCAAAGGGGUUCCGGCAGAUGUUCAUGAAAGAAUGGAGGAACUGGCGCGGAGUGGUGGCAUUCCAUCCACUACAUUGCAACAGCGGCAACGGAACAAGAAAACAUCUGCAACUUAUGGCAUUCCGAAGCCAUUAUCAGAGGGGUUACUUGCACCCGAACCUCCCGCCGCCCACUGGUUAUGUGUGGAAGUACCACGGUAA